AUUAGAAAACUUUUCUCUUAAGUAGAGCAAACUAAAUACUUUGGCUUUAUGCUUUCUUCAUCGAGUUCCUUGUAAUGGUAUUCUUAAUUGGGAGAAAAAGUGCAAUUAUCAUUUUGAUGGACAUCUUUAAAAGCCUCGAAGACAAAAGAGCUUUUAGUGUCGUCGUUUCCGGAAGACAGAAUAAUAAUCAUAAAAAACUAUGAAACUGGUUGACUUGUUUUGACCAAAUUUAAUCACACAGUUCUAUCGAUUCGUGUCUGUGUUCAUCAUCUGUGCAAUGAAUUCCAAUUCAUUGCCACUCAAACACGAAGAUCCUUGGGUUUGUCCAAACGACAGAGAAUUAGGACUUCGAGCGAAGUUGGGCAGUGGUUGGUCAUUUUAUACAAACAGAGCUUGGAAAAAGGAACCUAUCAAAGAUGAUGAGAUCUCUAUCAUUAAAGAACAAAUUAAGAAGGCAGAGGUUUCCAGAAACAAAGAAGAAUAUAGGAUAGGACUGUUGCUUGAUCGUCUUGAAAAUAUUAAGAACAAUGCCCAAGGCAAUGGUAUAACAACAUGUUUAUUAUGCAAUGAAAAGUUUGGAAAGAUAACAGCUGCACCCGUUAAGUGUAGCAUUUGUCAAAAGGCCGCUUGUGGAAAAUGUGGUGUUGAUACAUUAAGUUCUGCCAAUGCUCCAAUAUUCCUUUGUAAACUUUGUAAUGAACACAGAGAGUUUUGGAAGAAGUCCGGGGCCUGGUUCUAUCGACAGUUACCCAAGCAUAAGUUACCUUCGGUCAGAGAUCGUAAUUAUUUGAUGUCAUCCAGUUUUAUUGUGUCCACUCCUGAAGUGAAGAACAGAAAGGGAACUUUGUUGAGCCAGGAAAAUGUUUCCGAAAUGUAUUCGGAUUCAGAAGCGGAUUCAUAUCCUUCAUCUGGGGCAGAAGAUGUGAUUGUUUCUGGAGGGUUUGUCACGAAUAAAUCAAAUUAUAGCGAAAACUUAACAGAAAUAAAAAAAAAUGAAAGCAACCCCAUUCCUGGUUUCAUGAUAGACAACACCAGUUCACCUGACUCGCAUACGUCCAGUCCUUUAUCAUCGAGCCGACGUUCGUCUGAACAAGACUCACACAAUGUUUCUGACGAUGAUACGUACUCUUUUAAAACAAACGUUCUCGUUCCUAAUUCGGAAAAGAGAGGCAGCGAUUAUAGCAUAGGGAGUGGGACUAGUGACGUAUCGCGAUCCAGUAACGUUUCAUCUCAACCACUAAACAAUCAACAGCACGGAGCUCUUACUCCAUCAAGCAAAGGGAGUAGUGAGCAAAGCUUAGGAAGCCGAACAAGUAACGUAUCGCCAGUAUUAACUCGAACCAGCAACGUAGUAACUAAACCACCGACCAAUCAACGUGCAGGAGUUAAAAAAAGUAAUGUAAUCGGGAACAAAGACCUCAAUGAAGAUCCAAAAGGACCGCUUGGUGUCAUCGAGUUUACGAUAAGUUACACGAACGAUGAGAAACGUCUGGAUGUUCAUAUACACAAUGCUAAGGGAUUACCUGCUAUGGAUUUCAACGGAUUGGCUGAUCCGUACGUUAAAGCUCAUCUUUUGCCCGGAGCUUCGAAGAGCAAUAAAAAGCGCACGCGUACAUUACAAAACACUUUGGAUCCAGUGUUUAACGAGACUUUGACCUACAGCGGUCUGACUGAGACAGACAUGAAGAAUAAAACCUUAAGGCUUCAAGUUUUUGACGAGGACAAGCUUAGUCGGAAUAAUUUCAUAGGCGAAACAACCAUUCCUUUGACGUCCGUUCUUUCAAACAACCAGAAAAGAAUCAAAAUUGCAUUGGAACCGAAGUCUGAGACUGGGGUCGAGACAAUGAAAAUAGACGAUUGUCCUGGUCGUAUCUAUUUAUCACUUCUUUAUAACUCCAAAAGUAAUAUACUCGUGGUUGGUAUCAUAAGGUGUUCUAACUUGAUCGCUAUGGAUAUGAAUGGAUUCUCUGAUCCCUACGUUAAAUGUUACCUUCUUCCUGACCCGGGUAAAAAAACUAAACGACGUACUAAAGUAAAGAAAAAGAACUUGAACCCGGAAUUUGGCGAGGAAUUUUUUUACAACGUCACUCUAAAAGAACUUGCAAGUCGUACUUUAGAAGUCACUGUUUGGGAUCAUGAUGUUGGAAAGUCCAAUGAUUUUAUUGGUGGUAUUCAUUUGGGAAUUCGCUCCAAAGAUUUGCUGUUAAAACAUUGGUUUGAGACCUUAAAACAUCCAGACACAGAAUGUAAAUAUUGGCAUAACCUUUCAAAAGACAUAGUUCUUCAUGAAGCAGAAUGAUCAGGCAAGAAUGUAUAAUAUAAUUACACUAUGGGACACCAGAGUUUAUUGUGCAUUAAGUAGAGUUACUGCUUGAUAAUAUUUUAUUAAAUGCAAAACUAAAAAAAUUAUAUUUUUUAAAUGGACAAAACUUUCCACACAUCCUUAAUUGAAUGUAAGUAUAGAUGUAGAAAGUUGUGUAAAAAUUAAUAAAAUACAAAUAUUGAGUGAUUGGGAAA